CUGACUUUUCCUGUGCGCCUAGAGUAGGAAUCGCUGCCGUCUGCGACCAUGUUGACGACGCGGCCAGCAUGCUCCUUGUGUGUACUUAAGCUGAUAGUAUCAUAAUCAUGCCACCCGCCAGUGCAAGAGUCAGCGCGAGUGCUGCAGUGGCGAGGUGGCACACCCCGGUUCUUGAGAGGAAGCCACUGACGCAGUUUGUUUCUUUCGAUGAGUUCAAAGUAUUCGUCAGAAAGUUGGGCUUCACUUGCAGCAGGGACUUUCAAAAAUGGAGCUCGUCAUCGAAGCGGCCUCCAUUUAUCCCGUCAACGCCUAACAAGUACUACAAAAAUGAAGGAUGGAAAUCCUUUAUGGACGCAUUAGGAUACGACUGGCCGCCAGUGCGCACCAGCAUCCUAGCGUCCCAAAGGACGUACAAGAACAGGCAAUUCCGGAAUGCACAGAAAGCAGUUGACUGGGUGGAGAAAACGAUCCUCGAGCUAACGGGAGGACGAUUCGAGGUGUAUCCCGUGCCUCGCUUCGGGCGAGUGAGCUUCCUUCUGCGGAAACGACGAUCUGUGCAGAGAGGCGGAGAUGAGCAGCUGGAUGAUGCGUGGUGGGCGCUUCGGGUCAAGAGUGCUGCAGAUAGGUGUAAAAAAAGUUCCAAGAAGCGCGAAAGUUUCAUCUUCUGCCUCAAGCAGGCCCUUACCGAAUCCGAUGUUGGCUUCGUUGCCGCCGGACCGCAAUUUCAGGAAAUCGAUUUUCUUCACCCGGCGGACCUUCCAUUGCAUGUCUCGAAGAGAAAUCCUAGCGGAUGCUCAUGGUUUUAUCUGGCUAACAUGCCUGUAGUGGACACGGAAGGAGGCAGACAACGAGUUGUGGAACGACUUUUGGCUCUGCUCGAUCGAUUACCUACGAAGCCUCUGCAGGAAUGGCUGGCUCAUUUACCUGCAAGUUGGGGCAGCGAAUUGCGCCAUCUUCUCGCGCAGCAGCUGAUUUCGAAUCUGCUGAGGCCCGCUGGUCUCAGCUUCGCUCAUGCAGGAAAGUUGGCGGAGCUGCAUAACGCGGUUAUUGGUGGAAAGCGCGUUCUGCUCAGAUGUGCGCGCAUCGUGGAAGAAACAGGAAAGUCAAAAAUCGUUUUGGAACGGAACCGUCGCACUUGUGUUUCGGCCGAUGGCAAAAAGCUUCUCUGUGGCGUUCCGUUCGACGCGUCAGAUGAAAUAGAUUUUUUGCUUGCAAUGAUGUACUGCGGCGAAGGCGACAGAGAUCCUUCGGCCAAAUUAGACGGCGUUUUUGUGUUUCCAAAAAGCCUUUUGAUUGACAUGGGGGUGAUGUCUGUCGACUUCAAAGGCGGUCGCUUUGGCUUCGCUCUCUAUCCGCCGGGAUGCGCUCCACCGCAUGAUAAUCGACGGGAGCGCGCGCUGAAGCAAAAGGAGUUCUACUUUGCACUGCCGCAACAGGGGGAUCAGCGUCUGUCGAAGGCUGAGACUGUUGAGGAAAUGCGGGAACGCAUGAGAGCGCUUUUCCUCGGCAAUUAUGACAAUUAUCCCGGUAGCGUUUCGACUUCAUGUCCUCUGAUUGCUGAUGAAAAUGAAAUGGGAGGUAUCACCGUCGACGAUCAAUAAUCACCUUCCGAAUAUCUGAUAUUUUGCUAAAGUUCGUACUGAGUGUGGUUUAGGAUUUUUAUGCUCAGCCUGCGCUGAGUGAGAAGGGGACCACUACCAAAGCGGUCUCUUCUUUUUCGGUGGCCUGUAAAAAAUCGAAUUUGAUAGCUGCGGAUCAGCGCUUCCUGCACGAAUGCACUGCAAAAAGCAGAC